GGUGUCAUCGAUGGAGACACGGAAGUGACGCAAUUUUUGAAUAUUAAUUUACUUUCUGUCUUCCACUUAGCUGGCGAGUUUUUCAGAAUUGGUCCUGGUACUUAAAUCCACUUUUGGCUUCAUUUGCAAGGCGACCCAACUCUGCCUGGAAGAGCAUCCACCUCGACGGUUCCUCAUGAAAGACGGGGAGUGUAACUUCUUCUGCUUCUUCCGCUGCUGCUGAGCGGUGUUGGGCUAGUUUGUGCAGCCGUUUUCUCUGGGCUCUGUAGUUCCCCAGGUGGUUCCGACGGCCAGAGAGCCAGUCCCAGAGAGUGAGGGCGUCUCUGCCGGCGGAUGUCUGUGGACAUGAACACCAAUGAGGAUGACCUCGGGGUCAACUCUGAGGAUGAUGAUGGGGGGGACGACGACGACCAGGGGGACAUAGCCGACUACUAUGAAGGCGUGGCCGGAGACAUGGAGCAGCAGGGGUCUGACUCGUUCGACCCAGAGGAGUACCAGUUCACCUGCCUCGACUACAGGGAGAGUCAGAAGGUGCUCUGCGACGAGGUCAACAGUAUCGCCGCCAUCCUGAAGGUUUUACCUGCUGUAGCCAAACUGAUCCUUGUGCACUUUCACUGGCAAGUGGCACAAAUACUAGACAGAUACAAAUCAAGUUCAUCUCAGUUGCUGUCUGAUGCCCAGGUCCAGCCCAGCAGCACCUGCAGAUCAGUUCCCACGCCUCAGUCCCUCCAGUGUGGGGUGUGUCUGCAGCUGGUUCGGAGGGACACCCUGCUCGCGCUGCCCUGUCAGCACUCCUUCUGCAAAGGAUGCUGGGAGCAGCAUUGCACUGUACUUGUCAAAGAUGGGAUGGGAGUGGGCAUCUCCUGUAUGGCUCAGGACUGUUCCCUCCAAAUGCCAGAAGACUUUGUGCUCUCGCUGCUGUCUGGUGAGGAGCUGAAGGACAAAUAUAGACGCUACCUCUUCAGGGACUAUGUGGAGAGCCACUUCCAGUUGCAGCUGUGUCCAGGGGCAGACUGCCCCAUCGUCAUCCAAGUGCAGGAGCCACGGGCCCGCAGAGUACAGUGCAUCCACUGCAAUGAGGUCUUCUGUUUCAAAUGCCGGGCCAUGUACCACGCCCCAACAGACUGCCCGACUGUCCGAAGGUGGCUGACCAAAUGUGCAGACGAUUCCGAGACGGCCAACUACAUCAGUGCCCACACUAAAGAUUGUCCCAAGUGCAAUAUCUGCAUUGAGAAGAACGGAGGCUGCAAUCACAUGCAAUGCUCCAAGUGCAAACACGACUUCUGCUGGAUGUGUCUGGGGGACUGGAAGACCCAUGGCAGUGAGUACUAUGAGUGCAGUCGCUAUAAGGAGAACCCAGACAUCGUCAACCAGAGCCAGCAGGCACAGGCCAGAGAGGCCCUCAAGAAAUACCUUUUCUACUUUGAGAGGUGGGAGAACCACAAUAAGAGUCUCCAGCUGGAGGCUCAGACGUACCAGCGGAUCCAGGAGAAGAUCCAAGAGCGGGUGAUGAACAACCUGGGCACCUGGAUAGACUGGCAGUACAUGCAGAAUGCUGCUAAGCUCCUGGCCAAGUGUCGCUACACUCUGCAGUAUACUUACCCCUACGCCUACUACAUGGAGUCUGGUCCGCGUAAAAAACUGUUUGAAUACCAGCAAGCCCAGCUGGAAGCGGAGAUUGAGAACCUGUCCUGGAAGGUGGAGCGAGCAGACAGCUACGAGAGUGGGAGCGAGGGGGAGCUGAAUGCUAAUGACAGAGGGGAUCUGGAGAAUCAGAUGCACAUUGCUGAGCAGAGGAGACGCACGCUGCUGAAGGAUUUCCACGACACCUGAAGUCUCCAGACUACUGCGACGCACCAGCAGCUCCCUGCUUCCUUCACUUUCCAUCCCUUUGUCUACGGCUCCGCACACUCAUCCCUCCCUUGUUAGCGCUCUUUGUGUCUGCUACAGGGUCCCAGAAUGGUGUGGCUGUAUCCCUCCCAUUUAGAUGUCAAGAACGCCACAUUCAAACACACUAAACAUGAAAUGAGAGGGCAUGCGCGCACACACACACACCGUGAACACAAACAUGCUUUAACACUCCGCCAAAAAAAAAGAAACAUUCUUAAUUCUCCCCCACGAUCCCACCAUCCCUCUACCUGUUCUUUUUUUCUUCUCACAUUGUUCACCUUUUUCUGUAAAUUGAUAGUUCGUUAAAAACAAACAUUAAAAACAAAGAAAUGCUGUAAUUUUCAA